AUGAGAGCGGGACGCUUCGCAUGUGUGGCCUUGCCCAUCAUCCUGACCGUGGGCGCCAUCAUCGCAUUCCUGGUCGCUACUCUCUCUGGCGUCGUCCACAACUCGCUCUACAUGUUCACGGUGAACCUUGAGGACAUGACGCUCGACGAGGCCACGUUCUCGAGCCUUGCGGACAACUUUGGAAUCGACGUUCCUUCGCUUGACGAUAUCAAGGACCAGCUCCCCGACGGCGUCAGCCUCGACGACCUCAAGGACAAGCUCCCCGACGACGUCAACCUCGACGAUCUCAACCUGGACAACAUUGACCUGAGCACGCUCGACCUCGACAAUUUGGAUAUCAAUGACCUGCUCAAUAGCAAAUUGAAGCGUGAGGAGGCUAGCGUCUCUGCUGACGACCUCAACCUCGGUCUAAAGUACGAGAUUGGCCUCUGGGGCUACUGCGAGAUCAAGAAGCAGACGGACGGCGACGGCACCACGCGCGACUGCAUCGAUGCCGAGUAUGACUGGGCCAGCAAGCACCUUAGCAGUAACCUGAGCGAGGCGUUGCGGAACCAGAUCCCCGACGAGGUUGAGCAUGCCAUUGAUCUCUUCUCGACCAUGACCCGCUACACCGAGAUCGCCUUCGCCGUCGCGCUCGCGGUGCUCGGUCUCGAGCUCUUCCUCGGCAUCUUUGCGAGCUGCACCCGCAUCAUCUCGUGCCUCGUGUGGCUGAUUGGCAUGGCCGCCAUCGUCCUGUCCAUCGCGGCGGCCGGCAUGGCGACGGCCAUGUCUGCGAUUGUCAUUGGUACUAUCGAGGCCUCGGCGAAGCAGUACGGUGUCAGUGGUUCGAUCAACACACAGUUCCUCGCCACCAUCUGGAUCGGCUGCGCCUUCGCCGUCGGCGCCUCCCUCUUUUGGCUGUUCACCAUUUGCUGCUGCAAGCCCGAGCACAAGAGCCGCGACACCGCGGACGACCGCGAGAAGCUCAUGGGCAACCGCGCGUCGGGUUACUACCCCAUUGGCGGCACUAACCAACACGCGAAUGGCGAUCACGAGAUGACAUCGGGCACCUACCACAACCAGUUCCAGCCCACCUAUGGCCAAGACUACAGCCACGCGCCCGCCUAUAGCUCGAGUGGCCGCUCGGAUGCUGGCUACGAGCCGUACGCUCACCGCAACUGA